GGAAAUGAAGAAGUGCCAUCAUAGCAUAGCAUACGGAGAAAAGAAAAGUUUCCCACUGGAAGAACAGUGUUCCAAAAAACAUGACUUUCAUCAUCAGCGAAAAUAACAGUAUCGGCGCGUGGGCCGUUCUCCCUCUCCCUCGGUAUUUAUGUGGGUUUCGUCCCACGGAAGAUCUUUUCUUUUCAUUCGCGUGUAACUUCCGAACACAAAAACCUACUAGUGGGAGAGAAGAGAGAGAGGUCUGAGAAGAAAAGCACACACAGCACGCACCCAACCGGAGAGGGAGAGAGAGAGAGCGAGAGCGAGAGAGAGAGGUGCUUGGAUUCGAUUCUCUUUUUCAUCUCUGAGAUCUUGUCCUCUUACAAUGCCCAUUUUGUAGCGGACAAGGGUUUCGUCGGAUCAUCACUUGAAUUCUGUAGUUAUGGAGUAGUUAGGGUUACGACACGUCAUGAAUUGAAGAACAGGAACGUUUUUUUUCUGUGCAUUGGAGUGUAUUCGAGAUCGUCUUCUCUGUGGGAAUGGGCAUCAGCGUGGAUCGUUCAACGAAUUGGGAUUGUGGAUUUGGGAGAUGCAGUGUUGUGUUUCGGGACAUCGGAACUGCUUAGAGACGUGGUGAACCCUAUUGGGGCAUGGAAGAGGACUGCACCUACCGAAAUUUGUAGAAGUGAUAAGUAAUUGGGAAUCUCUUGUUUGGAUACUCAAUACCUCUGGCUUUCUGGUGUUCUGGGUGUUUUGAUAUUCAAGACUUGACUUUUUUCUGUUCCGAGUAUUUGAUCUUGGUAGGGAAUGCUACUGGUAUUGGGUGUUGGCAAUACGGAGGAGGUGAUGAUUCUUUAUUGGCCCAGUGGGCGACACAGAAUAUCAGAUUGUAGUGGACCCUUUUCAUUUCUUCGAAAGCCAUUUGGAUUGACAUAGCUUGAAAAUCAGUAGUUGGAGAUUUCUAUAUUCGGGUGUUUGUCAAAUUAGGGUAGUACAAUAUUGCAGUGGGCUCUUUAUCCCCCCUCCCCACUCUUCCCCGCAAAAAGAGACUGAUUUGAUUAAUAAGGUGUGGUGUUGGGCUUCCGUUUUAGACUAAUUGCGGGACAUUUGUACAUUUUUUGCUGAGGAAUACUUUAGUGAUUUUUGGAAUUAGUGAUUGGUGGGUUGUGUCCGAGAUGUUCAUGGAGAAUCAUUGAAGCUAGAAAUGAAUGUGGGGACAUGGUGCAUGGACGGGAGCAUAGUUACUGGUUCGUUCCCUUCUUGGAACAGUGCUACUGGAAACUGAUUCAAGCCUUUUUAUCUGUGGGAGGUGGCUGUGUUCUGUGUUCUAGGAUUCUGUGCAAUGUCUCGCUGCUUUCCAUUUCCACCACCAGGAUAUGAAAAGAAAGCUAGGACUGAGGAUGUGGACUUACUGAAAAAGGAGAAGCACAAAGAAAAGAAGCACAAGAAGGAGAAGAAGGACAGAGAGAAGAGAGAAGGUAAUGUAAAGAGGGAGAAAGAUAAAAGUGUUGAAAAACAUAAAGAGAAAAAAGAUAGAAAGGAUAAACACAGAGAAAAAAGGAAGGAUAGGGAGAAAGAGAAAGAGAAGGAGAAGAAUAAAGAUAAAAGCAGUACCUCAGAUGAGAAGAAAUUUGUUUGGCAGUAUGAUAGUUACAGAGGAGAGAACCUCUGUCAAAAAGAGAAGGACAAAGAUAAAAAUAGGAGCAGUAAUUCAAAUGAAAAGAAAUCUGCUAGGCUGGUUCAGGGUUACAAUGGAGACAAGCUUAGUCAGAACUGCUGUCUGGCUGAGGUAACGAAAGAUUCUAAAGAAUUUGUGCAGGAAUUGGGCAGGAGGAUCCAAGAUGACAGUAGAGGAACUGGAAACCAGCUGGUUGAGAAGUUUUCUUCAAGAGACUGGAAAAAGGAGGGGAUGGUUAGAGUGGUGUCAAAGGAUGCUGUCACUUGGGCUGAAGGGAAGGAAAAAAGCAAGGACAAGAGAGUUGGUGAUAGAAUGUUUGAUGGUCAAGGAGUCCAGGAAGAGGCAAGAUCUAGCGGAAAUGCAGUGGUUCAGAAUCAUCCAGGAACAAUUCAGAAUAGGGAAGAGGCAAGAUCCAGUGGAAAUGCAGCAGUUCAGAAUCUUCCAGGAACAAUUCAGAAUAGAGUUGGGGGAAUGCCUAGACAAAUGGAGAAUAUUGAGAAAAGGAUGGAGGGAAAAGAGAGGACCAAAGAAAAGGAAGGUGAUGUUGAACGAGGAGACAAACACAAGGACAAGGAUCGAGAGAAAAGGAGCCAAGGAAAAGAUAAAGACCAGGAAAAGGAGAAGAAAAAGGAGAAAGUGAAGCAGAAAAUUGUUCAUAGGGAUACAGAGGUGGACAAACCGAAAGAGAGCAACAAGAACAACCUUAUUGGCGGCCACAAUAUUUAUUUGCCACAUCUUCCUAAGGAAAGUGACAAUGGUGCUGUUGCUGCUGCUGCUGCUGCUGCUGCGGGAAAAUCAAGAAAACGGAAGGAACUUGAGACAAAUGGAUUUUUGCAUGAUAAUGAUGUUAGCCCUAAUAAGUUUCAAAGAACUUCUCAUUCACUGACGGAGAAUGGAACAAAAUUGGUACCUUACCGAACAUCCAUCUCAUCUGCUUCUGAUAGGCAGGGACUGACUAAUAACCUUAAGGUGGAUAAAAACGGGCGCAAGAUAAAUGGUGUAAUUGAAGCUCAAUUGUCUUCUGUCUCCUUGACAAAAACUUCUCUUACAACUGCACAAGCUUCCCAAAUUGCAGAAGCAUAUGUAAAACCACCCCAUCCUGAUUCUGAGUGUCUAAGCCAGGUACUUUUGGUUCCAAAAGUGGAGGAAUGUUUGGAUUUUGAUGACCAGGAGUGGUUGUUUAGCAGCAGUGGUCCACAGUCGAAGAAGCCCCAGAUGGAAACUUCUGCAGUUGAUGAAACACAGCAGGUAUGGGCUGAAGCACUGAAGAUGGAGUCAGCUGAUGUUUGUGCAUUGCCGUACGUUAUUCCAUACUAAGUGGCUCUGGAAGGGGCAUGGUUCACCCUCUUCUAUAUGGCAUGGCUGGCCAUUGAAGGGAUGCGGCUAUGGGGAAGGUAUGGCAGCAACUGGUUCUUGUGAUAGAUUUUCUGGUUUUCUUGCUGCAUUCUUUUCCUAUUACUUUCCUCUGUUGCAGUAAGUUCCGCGAGUGACUGAUUGCCUUGUUCUCAAUUUUUUUAUAUAUGAAAAAAAGAGAAUGUCACGCAUCGUUGCUUGCUCCGUUAGUUUGGUACAUUUGCAGACCUGCUAUUGAGCAGUUUUGCCAUUUGAUGGAAUCACACUAAUUCAUUCAAAACAGAAGAUUUCAUAAGGUCCUAAAGGCAACCGAGGAAGUAUUCUGUAGAAGAGGGAGGCAUGUAUGAGCUUGUGCAAUUUUAUUUUAUUUGCCUAAAGCUGAGAGGCUCUUUCUAAUUGAGUGUAAGAAAAACUGGCUGUGGUGUUCACAACUCUGCCACAAUUUUGAUUUGUAACAUAGAACUCUUAUUUACAAGAAAUGUAAGAUAGGGAAAAAGAAAAGAGGUAGCCCCAUUCAUUGA